AUGACAUACCUCAUCGGCAGGUUUGAUGAUGAUGAUGAUGAUGAUGAUGAUGAUGAUGAUGAUGAUGAUGAUGAUGAUGAUGAUGAUGAUGAUGAUGAUGAUGAUGAUGAUGAUGAUGAUGAUGAUGAUGAUGAUGAUGAUGAUGAUGAUGAUGAUGAUGAUGAUGAUGAUGAUGAUGAUGAUGAUGAUGAUGAUGAUGAUGAUGAUGAUGAUGAUGAUGAUGAUGAUGAUGAUGAUGAUGAUGAUGAUGAUGAUGAUGAUGAUGAUGAUGAUGAUGAUGAUGAUGAUGAUGAUGAUGAUGAUGAUGAUGAUGAUGAUGAUGAUGAUGAUGAUGAUGAUGAUGAUGAUGAUGAUGAUGAUGAUGAUGAUGAUGAUGAUGAUGAUGAUGAUGAUGAUGAUGAUGAUGAUGAUGAUGAUGAUGAUGAUGAUGAUGAUGAUGAUGAUGAUGAUGAUGAUGAUGAUGAUGAUGAUGAUGAUGAUGAUGAUGAUGAUGAUGAUGAUGAUGAUGAUGAUGAUGAUGAUGAUGAUGAUGAUGAUGAUGAUGAUGAUGAUGAUGAUGAUGAUGAUGAUGAUGAUGAUGAUGAUGAUGAUGAUGAUGAUGAUGAUGAUGAUGAUGAUGAUGAUGAUGAUGAUGAUGAUGAUGAUGAUGAUGAUGAUGAUGAUGAUGAUGAUGAUGAUGAUGAUGAUGAUGAUGAUGAUGAUGAUGAUGAUGAUGAUGAUGAUGAUGAUGAUGAUGAUGAUGAUGAUGAUGAUGAUGAUGAUGAUGAUGAUGAUGAUGAUGAUGAUGAUGAUGAUGAUGAUGAUGAUGAUGAUGAUGAUGAUGAUGAUGAUGAUGAUGAUGAUGAUGAUGAUGAUGAUGAUGAUGAUGAUGAUGAUGAUGAUGAUGAUGAUGAUGAUGAUGAUGAUGAUGAUGAUGAUGAUGAUGAUGAUGAUGAUGAUGAUGAUGAUGAUGAUGAUGAUGAUGAUGAUGAUGAUGAUGAUGAUGAUGAUGAUGAUGAUGAUGAUGAUGAUGAUGAUGAUGAUGAUGAUGAUGAUGAUGAUGAUGAUGAUGAUGAUGAUGAUGAUGAUGAUGAUGAUGAUGAUGAUGAUGAUGAUGAUGAUGAUGAUGAUGAUGAUGAUGAUGAUGAUGAUGAUGAUGAUGAUGAUGAUGAUGAUGAUGAUGAUGAUGAUGAUGAUGAUGAUGAUGAUGAUGAUGAUGAUGAUGAUGAUGAUGAUGAUGAUGAUGAUGAUGAUGAUGAUGAUGAUGAUGAUGAUGAUGAUGAUGAUGAUGAUGAUGAUGAUGAUGAUGAUGAUGAUGAUGAUGAUGAUGAUGAUGAUGAUGAUGAUGAUGAUGAUGAUGAUGAUGAUGAUGAUGAUGAUGAUGAUGAUGAUGAUGAUGAUGAUGAUGAUGAUGAUGAUGAUGAUGAUGAUGAUGAUGAUGAUGAUGAUGAUGAUGAUGAUGAUGAUGAUGAUGAUGAUGAUGAUGAUGAUGAUGAUGAUGAUGAUGAUGAUGAUGAUGAUGAUGAUGAUGAUGAUGAUGAUGAUGAUGAUGAUGAUGAUGAUGAUGAUGAUGAUGAUGAUGAUGAUGAUGAUGAUGAUGAUGAUGAUGAUGAUGAUGAUGAUGAUGAUGAUGAUGAUGAUGAUGAUGAUGAUGAUGAUGAUGAUGAUGAUGAUGAUGAUGAUGAUGAUGAUGAUGAUGAUGAUGAUGAUGAUGAUGAUGAUGAUGAUGAUGAUGAUGAUGAUGAUGAUGAUGAUGAUGAUGAUGAUGAUGAUGAUGAUGAUGAUGAUGAUGAUGAUGAUGAUGAUGAUGAUGAUGAUGAUGAUGAUGAUGAUGAUGAUGAUGAUGAUGAUGAUGAUGAUGAUGAUGAUGAUGAUGAUGAUGAUGAUGAUGAUGAUGAUGAUGAUGAUGAUGAUGAUGAUGAUGAUGAUGAUGAUGAUGAUGAUGAUGAUGAUGAUGAUGAUGAUGAUGAUGAUGAUGAUGAUGAUGAUGAUGAUGAUGAUGAUGAUGAUGAUGAUGAUGAUGAUGAUGAUGAUGAUGAUGAUGAUGAUGAUGAUGAUGAUGAUGAUGAUGAUGAUGAUGAUGAUGAUGAUGAUGAUGAUGAUGAUGAUGAUGAUGAUGAUGAUGAUGAUGAUGAUGAUGAUGAUGAUGAUGAUGAUGAUGAUGAUGAUGAUGAUGAUGAUGAUGAUGAUGAUGAUGAUGAUGAUGAUGAUGAUGAUGAUGAUGAUGAUGAUGAUGAUGAUGAUGAUGAUGAUGAUGAUGAUGAUGAUGAUGAUGAUGAUGAUGAUGAUGAUGAUGAUGAUGAUGAUGAUGAUGAUGAUGAUGAUGAUGAUGAUGAUGAUGAUGAUGAUGAUGAUGAUGAUGAUGAUGAUGAUGAUGAUGAUGAUGAUGAUGAUGAUGAUGAUGAUGAUGAUGAUGAUGAUGAUGAUGAUGAUGAUGAUGAUGAUGAUGAUGAUGAUGAUGAUGAUGAUGAUGAUGAUGAUGAUGAUGAUGAUGAUGAUGAUGAUGAUGAUGAUGAUGAUGAUGAUGAUGAUGAUGAUGAUGAUGAUGAUGAUGAUGAUGAUGAUGAUGAUGAUGAUGAUGAUGAUGAUGAUGAUGAUGAUGAUGAUGAUGAUGAUGAUGAUGAUGAUGAUGAUGAUGAUGAUGAUGAUGAUGAUGAUGAUGAUGAUGAUGAUGAUGAUGAUGAUGAUGAUGAUGAUGAUGAUGAUGAUGAUGAUGAUGAUGAUGAUGAUGAUGAUGAUGAUGAUGAUGAUGAUGAUGAUGAUGAUGAUGAUGAUGAUGAUGAUGAUGAUGAUGAUGAUGAUGAUGAUGAUGAUGAUGAUGAUGAUGAUGAUGAUGAUGAUGAUGAUGAUGAUGAUGAUGAUGAUGAUGAUGAUGAUGAUGAUGAUGAUGAUGAUGAUGAUGAUGAUGAUGAUGAUGAUGAUGAUGAUGAUGAUGAUGAUGAUGAUGAUGAUGAUGAUGAUGAUGAUGAUGAUGAUGAUGAUGAUGAUGAUGAUGAUGAUGAUGAUGAUGAUGAUGAUGAUGAUGAUGAUGAUGAUGAUGAUGAUGAUGAUGAUGAUGAUGAUGAUGAUGAUGAUGAUGAUGAUGAUGAUGAUGAUGAUGAUGAUGAUGAUGAUGAUGAUGAUGAUGAUGAUGAUGAUGAUGAUGAUGAUGAUGAUGAUGAUGAUGAUGAUGAUGAUGAUGAUGAUGAUGAUGAUGAUGAUGAUGAUGAUGAUGAUGAUGAUGAUGAUGAUGAUGAUGAUGAUGAUGAUGAUGAUGAUGAUGAUGAUGAUGAUGAUGAUGAUGAUGAUGAUGAUGAUGAUGAUGAUGAUGAUGAUGAUGAUGAUGAUGAUGAUGAUGAUGAUGAUGAUGAUGAUGAUGAUGAUGAUGAUGAUGAUGAUGAUGAUGAUGAUGAUGAUGAUGAUGAUGAUGAUGAUGAUGAUGAUGAUGAUGAUGAUGAUGAUGAUGAUGAUGAUGAUGAUGAUGAUGAUGAUGAUGAUGAUGAUGAUGAUGAUGAUGAUGAUGAUGAUGAUGAUGAUGAUGAUGAUGAUGAUGAUGAUGAUGAUGAUGAUGAUGAUGAUGAUGAUGAUGAUGAUGAUGAUGAUGAUGAUGAUGAUGAUGAUGAUGAUGAUGAUCACUAUGAUGAUGAUGAUGAUCAUGAUGAUGAUGAUGAUGAUGACGAUGAUGAUGAUGAUGAUGAUGAUGAUGAUGAUGAUGAUGAUGAUGAUGAUGAUGAUGAUGAUGAUGAUGAUGAUGAUGAUGAUGAUGAUGAUGAUGAUGAUGAUGAUGAUGAUGAUGAUGAUGAUGAUGAUGAUGAUGAUGAUGAUGAUGAUGAUGAUGAUGAUGAUGAUGAUGAUGAUGAUGAUGAUGAUGAUGAUGAUGAUGAUGAUGAUGAUGAUGAUGAUGAUGAUGAUGAUGAUGAUGAUGAUGAUGAUGAUGAUGAUGAUGAUGAUGAUGAUGAUGAUGAUGAUGAUGAUGAUGAUGAUGAUGAUGAUGAUGAUGAUGAUGAUGAUGAUGAUGAUGAUGAUGAUGAUGAUGAUGAUGAUGAUGAUGAUGAUGAUGAUGAUGAUGAUGAUGAUGAUGAUGAUGAUGAUGAUGAUGAUGAUGAUGAUGAUGAUGAUGAUGAUGAUGAUGAUGAUGAUGAUGAUGAUGAUGAUGAUGAUGAUGAUGAUGAUGAUGAUGAUGAUGAUGAUGAUGAUGAUGAUGAUGAUGAUGAUGAUGAUGAUGAUGAUGAUGAUGAUGAUGAUGAUGAUGAUGAUGAUGAUGAUGAUGAUGAUGAUGAUGAUGAUGAUGAUGAUGAUGAUGAUGAUGAUGAUGAUGAUGAUGAUGAUGAUGAUGAUGAUGAUGAUGAUGAUGAUGAUGAUGAUGAUGAUGAUGAUGAUGAUGAUGAUGAUGAUGAUGAUGAUGAUGAUGAUGAUGAUGAUGAUGAUGAUGAUGAUGAUGAUGAUGAUGAUGAUGAUGAUGAUGAUGAUGAUGAUGAUGAUGAUGAUGAUGAUGAUGAUGUUGAGGAUGAGGAUGAGGAUGAUGAUGAUGAUGAUGAUGAUUGA